CAAACUCACAUUAGUAACGUCACAUGUAGUGACUUUUAAUAUCCUUCCGUUUAUUGUUAGCUAUCUAUGUUUUCUUUUGACUCGUUAUUUUUAAUAAGUUACUUGUAUGCCUACCUGGAGUAGACUGUUAUUAUUUAUCGCAUUUCACAAUACCUUUACCCUAUUAGUUUUCCUCAGUGCAUAGUUCUAUAUCAUAGCGGAUGCCAAAUACAACUAACAGCUGUAAACAAUCUCGAUGUUAAUUUUGGGGAAGAUAAAAGGGUUACUUUCGAUGCACUCCCCCUCAAUAAGGGAAUUACUCUAUUUUUACCCCAGGAUGGGAAAAACGACGUUUUGGUGCAUUGUCACACAUAUUCACACUGACUUCUCGUGAGUAUUUUCCCGAAAUUUCCCUAAAGUUAGCCUUUAUUUCCCCAUUUUUGUUUCCCUGGGAGGUGUUUACGUAAUUCCUACCUGCAGUACAUCAUAAUUGUAACCUUUCGUGGUUUCUUCUAUACCUCGUCAGACAGGUUCAUCAGAAAGGAUAUACUCAGUACCUUAAUAUUUUGCAUGUGCAAAGUGAUAUUCUUUUUUUAACUGGUGCUCUCUGUGAAUCGCUGUUUUUGGUUUAUAAGUGUUUACUAUCAUUUCUUCCAUAUAAUCGGGCAUUAGCCAUGAUGUCACUCUAAAUUCCUACAAAUUAUUCCGGUUGUAUGUUCAAUGUAUAGUGUAUAAUGUCCUCAUUAUCGCGAUCGUGAUAAAAAACUUCAAUGUUCUGACCGAAUACAUUUCUUAUGUAACAACAAAUAUUUACGCAAAUACCUUAUCAGUUCCGAAGCUCAUUUUAUCAGUGACCCGAUACAUAAAACUCGAUUCAGCUGUCUCAUUUGUAGUUCAGACCCACCUUAUUCAUUUCAAUUUACUUGGUAGCGAAGUAAAUAAACCUGAUUGUGGUUGCUGAGUUACAUCAAUUUGAUUAAAAGAAAUUAAACGUAGUUUGACUUUAUUGACUGACUAGACAAGUAGUUAGAGAUUAGUUAACUUGCUGCUGACUAAAAUCCACUUGUUUCAUUUGAGUCAACUUUAAAAAAUGGGCUCGAGCAAAAUUUCUCUCACUCCAUGUGCUUUAACCUCCAUAAUCUUUUAUAUUGAGAAGUUACGUUUUGGUGAAUGAGGGUAGUUUGGCUUAUCUUCCUUUUUCGUGUUUAAAAUGACCCUGUAAGUCAGGCGAAUGAAAAUAUUUCAUGUUUUGGGUCUUAAAUGUCUAAAUAAUCAUAUGCGUACCGAAUGGAUUUGGUGUAGUAAAUAUAUAAACUAGGUGUCAACGAAUGUUUCUAGCUUUUUACAGUGAAAGGUAUUAAUCAGUUUAUUCUUGUACUUUUGAGGGAAAUAUUAGACAUUGAUAAUGUUUGUUGUGUCUAUUGUUGGACUAAACAACUAAUCUGCUUUGUUAACUCAUUCUUAUCAACAAGGAUGCUUCAUCUUAAUUGUACAUAGAACCACAAUGCGUCAUAUAUUACCAAAUAGCUGAACUAUGUGGCAUCAUUAUUCUGUGAUAUUUUGAUGGGUUGCAUUUCUGCGAAUGUCAAACUUCAGCGGCUUUUUCUAAUUGUUCAUGCCAAUUCUCAACUCUAUCGUUGGCUUAAUAGGUCAAAUCACUGUUGAAUAUUGUCUUUAUCCACCAAUUAUCAUGUACAUGGAUGAACACAAAUUCUUUACCAGAUCUUGACAACUUUGAGCAAGAUAAAGCCCUGGCUUUCGCAUAUUGAGACGGCACAAUGCGCAUGGUCGUGUUGAUCUGGUCGCCAGGCUAAGCUAUGUGCAUUACAGGAGAUCAUGAUACUCCUUUUAUUUCUCCGUGUCACUUUUUACUCGAUCGAAAAAAAUCACACUUAUUUAAUUCUACUAACAAUUUGUCUUCAAAUAAUUUCAAACAACAAAAACCUAUACACAACAGUGCCUUAUUUCCAAGUAUUUGCUCAUCAGCUAAAUUUAUUACAACUGAACGUUCGGGAAUUCUGAUAAUCCUGUUUAUAUUGUUGGGUGAUAUACUUUGUACAACAGCCAGGUUCACACAUUUAUCUGAAAAAUUCCAAACAGUAGCUGAAGACAAGAAUAGUGAGCUUGUAUUCCUGAAUUCUCCUGCUUCAUCCUCAGUAUUCAAACCAGCAAGAUUUACUCGACGAACAAGCAAACCAUCUGGCAAAGUAGAUGCUCGUAAGACUGAUAUGAAAACGUACUUGAACAAAGCUCGAAGACAUUUAUCAUUUGACGGACAAAUGGAAAUAAAGUUUUUGAGUUCUGAACUUGUUGAAUUUAUUUGCCACCGACUUCCUGAUCCAUGUGCUCGCGCUGCUUAUCUUCGUCAGCAUGUCAGACACGAUUUGUGUUUUCGUUUGCCUUUAUUGUAUCUUCUCCCAUAUACUGAUUCUCGUUUGGAUAAACCAUAUUUGUCGGAAUAUAAACCUGGAACUUGUAAAGGAAGUCUAUCUCAUCUCAUAUACUUACCUUCAGACAGUAUUUUUGAACAGUUUCUGACUCCGGUCCAUAUAUGUGAACGCAGUCUACUUUCGCUAAAAAAGAUAAUGGACGAUAAUUUAACUUCACAUUUUGGAAUAUUUGACGAUCUACUAGAAAAGUCGUUUUGUGUUAAACCAUUUGAUUCCCGCCCUAACGUAACAGGAGAAUGCCAAUGUCAGGAGUGUCAAGAAGCUUAUAGAAGUUGGUUUUGUGCAACAGAAUUCCCACUGUAUUAUCCACUUAAUGACGCAGAUUUAAGUAUACCUUUACACUCGAAAUCUCUGGGUUCUGAUAUAACUGACGUCGAAGUUCAUCGAAUUCAUGUUCCCGUCACAAUUUCAAAUCUAUCUACCAGUUCCAAAAUGCCUCAUCCUCGAAAGAGUAGUUACUUCCUAAAUAGAUCAUCACCGCCGCAACCAUUUAAUAUAUCUGUUGUAGAAUCUAUGUCAGAACCCAGAAAUAUAUAUCGAAAAUCUAGCCCCACAGAAUUCCAGGUAGAUUCUCAUUUACUUUUUCGACUGGUAAUUGUACAACCCUGCAUUUCAUGGUGUACUCAGGUUGAGACUGUUUGCCCAUAUUUAAAUCCCGCUGAUCCUACCUCAAACGGUGGUGAACCUGCAUUUUUGUGCGAUGAAAGUCAUUAUCAUCACAGUUCAAGAUACCAAGCAGUUUAUUGGGAUGUGAAUACUUGUGAAUCUGAGUGUUGUUUCGGUGUAUCAGAUUCAAUUCUUCAUUCUGUAUCCAUUCCUGAUAAGAAACAGUAUUCUACUUCCACCGAUAUUGUCUUAUCAUAUUCAUCUGGUGUUGACAAAUCUAGUGAUAAUGACUCAUGUAGUCAUUUACGUGAUCGUUGCCUUCAUCGAUUUUUGUCAGUUCAUCAUUCAUCAUCGAUAGCAGAAUUUUCAUCGAUUGUUCCAGAUCAAACGUCAUCAAAAUAUUUCAAUUAUGAUUUCAAUCAAUCUAAUAGAAUUAAUUCCAAAAAUUUCAGUGACUACCAUUCAUUAUCUCCUGCUUUGCAUAAAAUAGAUAGCAUUUCUUUUAGAAUUAUACUUAUAAUAUCGUUCACUCUUCAUAUUUUCAUUUGGUUGCAUAACAUUCAAGUUUUAUUAUUUCAAAAUUCCACUUCUAUUAUUUUCUUGUGUUAUCAUCAUGUGACAGUGACGAUUAUGAAUACUUCUCUAACAAGUAAUGAUGAUAAUAAUACUACUGAUGAAAAUACACAUUAUGUAUCGAGUUCCUUGAGUCAUUCACCAACUUCUUUGGUAUCCCACCCACCACUGUGUUUGUCUGAUUUUACAAAACAUUCAAAUUCAUGUCGACCAUCGUAACAACAAUUUCUGAAUUUAUCUUAUAAUGUGAUAGAUUAUUAUUAUUAUUAUUAUUAUU